AGAAGAAGAAACUCUGCCGUGUCAUUGGUUGUUUCAGCAGCAUGCCGUUUGAAUGGGAACAGGAAGUUAGCUCACUAGCCAGGAGGCAGCUAACUAUUACGUCGUUAUAACAUCAGUAAGAACCCGAAUGAAGAUACUCAUAUUUUAAUAUUUUUAAUCAGCUGUUGACACGAUGUCUAAAGUCUGACCGACGCUGACAUGAGCCUAAAAUAAACAUCUGUCCGGAGAGGCAGGAAUCAGUCUGAUGAGGGGCCGCCUACAGCCGGCAGGAUGCAGCAGAAAAGGAACAUCCAGAUCAUCGAGUGGGAGGACCUCGACAAAAGGAAGUUCUACUCUUUCGGGGUGUUCAUGACGAUGAGCAUCCGGGCCACCGUCUACCCGGCCACUCUCAUCCGCACUCUGCUUCAGGUGCAGCGGGGGAAGUCGCUCUACAGCGGCACCUUUGACGCCUUCUUCAAGAUCCUGCGGACGGAGGGCAUUCGAGGGCUUUAUCGCGGAUUUAUGGUCAACACCUUCACGCUCAUCUCAGGCCAGGCUUACAUCACCACCUACGAGCUGGUGAGGAAGUACGUCUCCCAGUAUUCUGACGACAACACCGUCAAAUCACUGGUGGCGGGCGGCUCGGCCUCCCUGGUCGCUCAGAGCAUCACUGUUCCAAUAGACGUCGUCUCUCAGCAGCUGAUGAUGCAGGGCCAAGGGGAGCACCUCACACGCUUUCGACUGAGUUCAAACGCCGCGGCUGGAAAGUCCAAAAAAGUGUUCGGCCAAACCAGGAACAUUAUGGCUCAGAUUUUUGCUGCUGAUGGUUUUCGGGGUUUCUACAGAGGAUAUGUGGCUUCUCUACUCACUUAUAUCCCCAACAGCGCUGUGUGGUGGCCUUUCUAUCAUUUUUAUGCUGAGCAACUCUCUAAACUGGCUCCCAGUGACUGCCCUCAUCUGAUUCUACAAGCCAUGGCCGGACCUCUGGCCGCCGCUACUGCCUCGACUGUCACCAACCCAAUGGACGUGGUCAGAGCCAGAGUGCAGGUUGAAGGGAGGACCUCAGUCAUCGAGACGUUCAGGCAGCUGAUCAAAGAGGAGGGCUGCUGGGGAAUGACCAAAGGACUGUCGGCACGCAUCAUCUCAUCCACACCCACUGCCAUCGUCAUGGUGGUCGGCUACGAGACGCUAAAAAAGCUGAGUCUGCGACCGGAGCUGGUGGACUCGAGACACUGGUAGAAGACACCUGCAGAGACAACAAAUGGACCACGUGCCAUUUUAGCCCCAAAUUAGACUUUCUGUGAGGACACUGGAUGAAAGAAAAGGUUUGUUUUAAAUAACAACUUGGGGAACAAAAUGGAAUCAGGCCAUUUUAAACGCACAUUACCUGUGUACGAGAAACUGGACAUUUGUUUAUACCAACAUGUUAGUCGCAGUUUAAAUACCUGGCCAUUAAGGUUUGCAGUUCAUAUCGCUGCUUAACAGGGUUGAUGCUUUUAGUGCAAUUAAAAUUAAAAGUUGGUAAUAAAAUGUUUUAACACUGGAAGAUGCAGACAAAUCGAUGCAAACUUUUGCACGCUCUACAGUCACGUUCACGCAUCUCUGCAGACGAGAAAAGUGGAAUCGAUGGUUGAUAAACUAUCAGAUGGUUCAUCAAAGAAAGUUUUCGAUCAGGUUUCGGAGAAAGAUCCUUUAACUUAUGAUGUUCACGUCAGCAGUAAACAAAUCUUUUCCAGGUGGUGAUUUCCU